AAUCAGAAGCCAACAGGAAGUAACAGGUUGUGCUAAGCGUGUGUGACUGCGUUCGAGUGCCUGCCCUGAGCCUCGAUCUCUACUUGUUCCUGCUGCCCUCCCUUGAGCACACAAUGGCGGCGGGAGAUUUGAGACUGCCCGGGGAGGGCAUACUAAUUAGGGACAAAUUUUAUUCCGGAGUGAUGCUAACUCUGGAGAAUUGUAUUUUACCCGCGGAACAAUUAUGUCGAACCCCGUCGGCCGAGCACGGCCUGUCUUGGGAGACUGAGGAGCAGCUACGAAUUAGAGGCUGCGAAAGGAUCCAGGCCGCGGGGAUAUUGCUUCGACUUCCACAGGUUGCCAUGGCCACUGGGCAGAUACUAUUCCAGAGGUUUUACUACUGCAAGUCAUUUGUACGACACUGUGGAGAGAUUGUUGCCAUGGCGUGUGUACAUCUGGCAUCAAAGAUUGAAGAGGAGCCACGGAGGGUCCGUGAUGUGCUGAAUGUGUUCUACUUCCUGAAAGACAGUAGAGGAGGCAAAGCCCGCAGUCCCAUGCCCUUGGAUGCCAGUUACAUCAGCAUGAAGAGUCAAGUGAUCAAAGCAGAGAGGAGACUACUGAAGGAGCUGGGUUUCUGUGUGCAUGUCAAACACCCACAUAAGAUCAUUGUGAUGUACCUGCAAGUUUUAGAAUGUGAAAAGAACUCGGAACUAGUUCAAAUGGCGUGGAACUACAUGAAUGACAGUCUGAGGACGGACGUGUUUCUGAGGUUCAGAGCGGAGACGGUGGCCUGUGCCUGCAUCUACCUGUCUGUCAGAUUCCUACAGAUCCCUCUCCCGGAUGAACCCCCAUGGUUUUUGUUGUUCGGGGCGUCCGAGAAGGACUUGCGGGAUAUCUGUGGAAGGAUCCUGCAACUGUACGACCUCCCGAGUGUGCCUCUGUCCAAACUCCUGAAGCAGGUACAGGAGGCGCGGCAGGCCCUGGAUGCCCUCAGCAGCAAGGGAAAGCUCAGCAUCGGGGAGUCUGCUGCUGCCACCCCCAACCUGGAGCCCCUCAGUAACUUCUCCCCUGCAUCCAAAACAGAAUCCCCUGCCGAUGGUCAACCCAAUCACAAGACCUCUCUAAACCAUGUGGCCCUGAAGAACGCCUGUCGAAAACUCGACCGAGACGAGGAAAAGCGACGUAGUCGGAGUGAAGAGAGAAGAGAAACCAAAAGCAUCUCUCCCCCCAGACGCAGGCGCAGCCGCAGUGUUGCCUCUCCCCGCCAUUCUGUCUCUCCAGUAUGUUACAAAAAAGUCUCUCGCAAAGAGAGGGAUAGAGAGAAGGACAAGCGGAGGGAAAGAGAAAGAGAUAAAGACAGGAGUAGGGAGAGGAAAAGAGCGAGGGACCCACAGAGGGAUAAAGAGAGGGAUUACCGGAGGGAGAGAGAAGGACCCAAGAAGGAAGUAUAUUCUUCACACAGAAGAUGACCCUUCAAAUCAGAGGAACUUACACUUCGGUGUAGAUACAUCAUGGACCAAAAAACAAGACAUUGUUCUAAAACUUUAGACGAAAAGUGCGUUCUUAAACAGUUUUUGUAAUAAAAGUUAUACAUUUUCAAGUUU